UUACAGCCUUGUGCGAAACUAAUGGCAGUGGCUAAAUUUUCGCCACUUCCUCGACCAAAAAGGAAAUCGAUAUAGCAAACGCGUCCUGGACGCUCAGGCUUGUAGUAGGCUUCUUGUACACAUUGUUCAGGUGCUUUUUAGCUCUUACUACUACCCUUACCAUGUAUCAUACCAACCUGUUUACCAUGGCAAAAAGACCGAAACAAUCCGCAGUCAAGCAAAAGCACACAAUCAAGAUUCCAGCAAGACCAUGCAACAUGGCAGCUGCGCCCAUUGACGAGAGCGCUGACAAUGAGCCACUGGAGUUUUCGAGUCCAGAAUCACCUGCACCCGGGCCCUCUACGAUUGGUGAUGGAGACAGGGUCGGGCAGCUAUCUAAGGCUGACUGGUUGGAUGAAAAGCUGUUAGAAGAUGGCGAGGAAGAACUCAAUCAGUUGGAGGCUGAGCCCAGGCCUGAAGAAGACCACGACAGUGAUCAGUCCAUAGAAUUCGCUGACAUGGAAUCCGUUGUUUCAGCCUCAGGUCCUGCAUUUACGUUUGUCAACGUGGAUUCAGCAUCGUUCAGCAGUUCUCAUAAGCGGAAGCGGGACUCGUCUGACCUUGCCUUAGCUGCCGCUGAACGUUCGUCGGGGCCAUCCGCGAACAAAUACAAAGACAAUAAAUUUGUACCGCAGGGCCGCCUCACUGAUGAAGCCAUCGAUCGGAUGCUGACUGGCAAGAAAAAGAAAUUGUCUGCCAAAGGAAAGUCAACGAAGCCCAGUGUCACAGUGAGCGAGACCAGUGAAGAUGAAGAGAGCAACGCACCACGAAGGUUUACUGUAUAUGUCCAAGUGUGGUGCGAGACUGCGCUGGUUGAAAAAAAAUCAGCCAAGGGUGCCAAAGUAUCAAUUACAAUUGUUUCUUGCGGCCCAUUCAAAAUGGAUACGAGCCGCACCUUCCAAUCAUUCAAACACGACAUUGCGAAGGUCUUGCCCUGCCGACUCACGAUGCUCCCCGUCGCCAAGUUCGAAUGGAAGUUCGAAAACCAGGCCCAGAGUGCUCCGUGCAAGAAGAUAGCGGACGAAGCAGGUUAUGACGCACUACUCGAUGCUGUCAAGGCGAAGCGAGCCGCCGAAAACAUAGUUGUGUGGUUAUUCACCCCGAAACCUGCUAAAGACGAACAAGAUUGGGAUAUGGGUGACCCAGAUUAUGUUGAGCGUCCAUUCAACUUUGAUGAAGAAGCUGGUGCUGCAUCACGCACUACGAAGUCAUUGAUUGAUGAUAUGUCUUCCAAACGAAGGAAGGCCGAGGCUGAACUUCAUUCGCUAUAUCCAGUUGGUAGAUACCUGCUUUUUCCCGACAUGCGUGUUUGGCAUGAUGAGAGGAUGAACACCUAUUUCGAGUUGACUGAGAUGCGAGUGAAGGUCUGGGCAAAUUCCAUUGCAGCAGGAAGAGCUGACACGUCGGCUCCUCCUACAACAAACCACUUCACUCAAAAGCUGAAGGUGCCACGUCCCCCUCCGGAUGCCCCAAUUUCGACAUUUGGUGAAUUCUAUCAUCAUCGUCAACGGGAACAAACCCUCGCCAGCGAGGGUGCCGGCCAGGAACCAGUACCUCCUCAGCCUACCCAUGGUCAUGUUAUUCCUCCUUGUAUGCCUCCGCAUCCACAUGGACCAUAUGGUCCUCCGUUUCCAGGCCCGUCUCAUAUCCCUGGUCCUUCGCAUCAAUUUUUUCAUCCAUCCCAGUAUAUGCAACCACCAUACGUCAGCGGAUACCCAUACCCGCUACCUUAUUAUCCAGCUGUGCAAGGUCAUGGACAACCCCAAGUAAUUGUACAACCUACUGGCGAGGUACCCUCCGCGUCGUCGUCUCCCAGUUUGACAACUUCCCACGGCAUAUCUCUGUCUGAGUUUUGUGCCAAUUAUCGUAUUUCCGACAACGAUCAAUCGAAGCUCGCAAGACUUGAAUACCAGCCAGGAAAUCAAGCAGUUGAGUCACUCGAUGACAAGGAAUGGCGGGAUGUGGGUCAAUUUACGAAGCUCGGCCGGCAGGCCUUUCUUGAUGCGCACAAGAAAUUUUGCAAAGCGAUAAAGUCAGGCACAUGGGUAAAAUAA